GCUCCAGGUCACCACAUCCCGGUGUGGUGGUCCUAGGGUGCCAGGGAGUUCCCCAGGGAGGCAGUGGCAUACCGUGUCCCUGCGGCGGCGCCCUUGGUCAGCCCUGGGAUGGGGGCAGGGGGCUCGUCCUGGGGGUCGGGCCCUCAAGGGCCGCCGUCACCGCGCCGCCCCCUCCCCGCUGCAUACCUUGCCCACAGCCGAGCAGCUGGGAGGCUAUUUAUAAAGGCGGGUGAGAUCAGCGGCCGAGGCUAUAAAUGCGCGGGCUGCGGCCAGGCCCCAGAGGAGCGGCCGCCCGGGGCACCGGAGCUGCGGGCAGCGCAGCCAGAAUGAGCGCCAGCGCAAGCGGCGGCGGCGGUGGCGACAGCGACAGCAGCAGCAGCUCGCAGGCCUCCUGCGGGCCCGAGUCCUCUGGCUCCGAACUGGCCCCUGCCGCCCCCGCGCCGCAGAUGCUGCAGGGGCUGCUGGGCUCCGAUGACGAGGAGCAGGAAGACCCCAAGGACUACUGCAAGGGCGGCUACUACCCUGUGAAAAUCGGGGACCUGUUCAAUGGGCGGUACCACGUGGUGCGCAAGCUGGGCUGGGGCCACUUCUCCACCGUCUGGCUCUGCUGGGACAUCCAGCGCAAGCGUUUCGUGGCUCUCAAAGUGGUGAAGAGCGCGGGGCAUUACACGGAGACAGCUGUAGAUGAGAUCAAGCUCCUGAAAUGUGUCCGAGACAGUGACCCCAGUGACCCCAAAAGAGAAACCAUUGUCCAGCUCAUCGAUGACUUCAGGAUCUCAGGGGUUAAUGGAGUCCAUGUGUGCAUGGUGUUGGAGGUCCUUGGCCACCAGCUGCUCAAGUGGAUCAUCAAGUCCAACUACCAGGGCCUGCCCGUGCCCUGUGUGAAGAGCAUCGUGAGGCAGGUGCUGCACGGCCUGGAUUACCUCCACACCAAGUGCAAGAUCAUCCACACAGAUAUCAAGCCCGAGAACAUCCUGCUGUGUGUGGGGGAUGCCUACAUCCGGCGCCUGGCUGCUGAGGCCACAGAGUGGCAACAGUCAGGGGCACCACCCCCAUCCCGCUCCACAGUCAGCACCGCCCCCCAGGAGGUCUUGACGGGGAAGCUGUCUAAAAACAAGAGGAAGAAGAUGCGGCGCAAGCGGAAACAGCAGAAGCGGCUGCUGGAGGAGCGGCUGCGUGACCUGCAGAAGCUGGAGGCCAUGGAGGCCGCGGCCCAGGCCGAAGACUCAGGCUCCAGACUUGAGGCGGGUAGCGGCUCCACGUCCUCUUCCGGUUGCCACCCGGGCGGUGCAGGGGCUGACCCCUCACCGGCCUCUUCGUCCCCGGCCCCUGGGGGCAACCGAAGCCUCAGUCCAGGCUCCCAGACCUCAGGCUUCUCCGGCUCCCUCUUCUCCCCCGCCUCGUGCUCCAUCCUCUCAGGCUCAUCCAACCAGCGGGAGGCCGGCGGCCUCCUCUCCCCCAGCACACCGUUUGGUGCCUCCAACCUCCUGGUGAACCCCCUAGAGCCCCAAAAUGCAGACAAGAUCAAGAUCAAGAUCGCAGACCUGGGCAACGCCUGCUGGGUGCACAAGCACUUCACCGAGGACAUCCAGACGCGGCAGUACCGGGCUGUGGAGGUGCUGAUCGGCGCCGAGUACGGGCCCCCGGCUGAUAUCUGGAGCACGGCGUGCAUGGCCUUUGAGCUGGCCACUGGUGACUACCUGUUCGAACCACACUCGGGAGAAGACUACAGUCGUGAUGAGGACCACAUCGCCCACAUCGUGGAGCUGCUAGGAGACAUCCCCCCAGCCUUCGCCCUCUCGGGCCGCUAUUCCCGGGAGUUCUUCAACCGGAGAGGGGAGCUGCGGCACAUCCACAACCUCAAGCACUGGGGUCUGUACGAGGUGCUCAUGGAGAAGUAUGAGUGGCCCCUGGAGCAGGCCACACAGUUCAGCGCCUUCCUGCUGCCCAUGAUGGAAUACAUCCCCGAAAAGCGGGCCAGCGCAGCCGACUGCCUGCAGCACCCUUGGCUCAAUCCCUAGGCCCCGCGGGCACUUUGGGCAGGCCCAGCUCCCUCCCAACCCCCUGGCCCCCAGUGCCUUCAGGGAAAGCAGGACAGCUCCUGCCCACCCUGCUGAGUGGGAGCUUUCUCAUACCCACCUGGGUGGGGCAGGACAGAGGGAUCUGCUGGGGCCAGGCCCUUUCAGAAUGUGUUCUGCCCCCCAACCCUCACAGAGGGGCCCUCUGAAUGGGAAGUGUGCUGUUUCUUUUCUUAAU